UUCAAACAUGGAGUGAUGGGUGGAGCUAUAAUUUUAAGGUCCCGUGAUUGGCUCUCGUUCCAGUUCAGUAACGCCUUGAAUGAUCCAAUUAAAUACAAGUUUAUGGGUCUGACCAAUGACAACUCGGAUUCACGAGGUCCCACAGAAUUAGCAUAGACGAGUGAAUAAAAAGCCCUGUAUGAGUUCAGUCCGCUACUGAUUUCUGAGAGAUUGAAUCGGAAACAUCAUCAUGCCUGAACCAGCGAAGUCCGCGCCGAAGAAAGGCUCCAAGAAGGCCGUCACCAAGACCUCCGCGAAAGGAGGAAAGAAGCGCAGAAAGUCCAGGAAGGAGAGCUACGCCAUCUACGUGUACAAAGUGCUGAAGCAGGUUCAUCCUGACACCGGGAUCUCUUCGAAGGCGAUGGGCAUCAUGAACUCUUUCGUCAACGACAUUUUCGAGCGCAUCGCCGGUGAGUCGUCUCGUCUCGCUCACUACAACAAGCGCUCCACCAUCACUUCCCGAGAGAUCCAGACCGCCGUGCGUCUGCUGCUGCCCGGGGAGCUGGCCAAACACGCCGUGUCCGAGGGCACUAAGGCCGUCACCAAGUACACCAGCUCCAAGUAGAGCAGUCCGACACCGAGACACACCCCAAAGGCUCUUUUAAGAGCCACCCAUCCACUCACUCGAAAAGCUUCUUAUUUUAAAAUUAAAACCAUAGGUUACGUGAAGAUGUAAAUUUGAGCCGUUUACCGCUACUUUCGAGGGCCAUAUUGUACAGAGAUAUCCACGUGUGUCAUAGCGAGUCUUCUUUUAGUUUUCUUCCAUUCAGACCACAUUACUGGAUUACAUCUACAGUUGUCUCUUGGUUUCUAACGCUUAAACCACUUAUUAUAUUACACUUCGAUUUUAUCAAUGUAUCUAAAUGAUGGGUUAUUUAUUUAUUGCCAUUAUUAUUAAGACCCCAUGCACCAUUUUUAUGGUACUGGUGUUGCCUUUAUCAAUAUUACAAGGUUUUAUGCAUUUUUUUUUUUUUUUUUUUUUUUUUUUUGCUGACAUUCUUAUCGUAGAUUGUUAUAAAUACAUAAUUUUAUUAUUAUUUAUUUAAUUUUUUGACUGUGAGAUAAAGCACUUUCCUUUUGUUCAUAGCUGUGAGGACGAGCGGUUUUGUGGUGGUUGGAAUUAUUUUAAAAUUAAUUCAAACAAAAACUUUGAAGCCCAAUAUCUCCAAAGUACUCUGAAUGCAGAUAGAACAAUAUAAUUGUCUUUUGCAUAGUUUUUUUAGAAGUCCACAACUCUGUUGAUAUCCUCAGGGCUGAUGAACCUGGCUGGUGGACGUGGCAGUGAGUGUUUAUUUCUUAAACGUGGUCUUGCCCCUUUCUCUUCAAAGUGUUUGACUAUAUCAGCCAGGGUGUCUCUGCCAAUGCUGAAAAAUGGAGAAAAAAAAACGUUUAACAUCAUGCUAACAGGCAUCUUGUCACCUAUACCAGAAUGUAUUGUACAAAUUAUAGGUACUUUUACUUUACUUAAGUAAAUUUUAUGAUGAAUACUUUUUUACUUUUACUUAACUACAUUUUAGAGUCUGUAUCUGUACUUCCUGGUUUAGUCUUGGUUUAGUCCUGGUUUAGACCUCAGUUAGUGGUUAAACCUGGUUUGAGUCAAAAAAAAAAAAAAAUCCUGUACAUUAAACUCUCCAUAAAUACUUUUA